GCAAAAUAAAAAAAUAAAAAAAGGCGUUGCACCAAUAAUACAAUAAGUUAAAAUUACAAAAAAAAAAAUUGUACUCUAUAACCGUUUAAGACUAAUGCAUAAUUGUCUACGUUUAUUACAGUGACGACGUAGCCCAGUAGGCGUUUACUUUCAAGAGUAAAAAGUUGAAUACCACUUUUCUUUUUUUCUUUUUUGGCGGAGGAUUAUCAUAUUGGAAUGGAAUUUUUGUGUCAUAUACUUAAAUGAAUCAAAUCAAAUUAUGACAAAUACCAAUACAAUGCUUCCUCCUAAAACUCCACAAUGUCCUAUUCCACCUAAUACACAUCAUUCUAAUUCAUAUCAUACAGAAAAUUCUAUACCAGAUGAUGAUACUUCUGUUAUAUUGGAUAAUAAUUGUUUAAAUGCUAAUCUUAAUGAAGAUUCAAUGAUGAUUUUAUCACAAUCAAUUGAUUCUAUUCAUACAGUUGGUACUAAUAAUGGUGAAGGAACAGAGCAUCAAGUUCGUACAUUAUUCGUUAGUGGUUUACCUUUGGAUGCCAAACCAAGAGAAUUGUACUUGUUAUUUCGAAGCUUCAAAGGAUAUUUAUCUUCAACACUUAAACCAGCGGGAAAGAAUGGAAAACUUACAGCACCUGUAGGUUUUGUAACUUUUGAAUCACGAGAACAAGCUGAGGAAGCAAUGUCAAAACUUCAGGGUGUGAAAUUCGAUCCAGAUGGUAAUCAACAUAUGCGUUUAGAAUUUGCUCGUAGUAAUACAAAAGUUACUAAACCUAAAACAAUCAUACCUAUUGGUUUCGGUAAUAUAGGUGUGAAUAAUUCACAUCAGAAUGGAAUAAAUCAACAUAAUUCAUUGUCAAAUUUGAAUACUUGCCCGCCAAAUAUCAUUUCUACUGGUAAUAUUAAUGGUAUGGUUGCUAAUUUACAACCAUCAAUAUUUGCUCAAUUGGCAGCUACAGGACCAACUAUUGAAACAUCUAAUGGGAUAUUUGCUACGGCUACAGAUGCUUCUACAGCAAUGGCAGCGGCUGCAGCCGCCGCUGCUGCCGCUCAAUGGGCUACAAUACCUGGCUUACCAUCACUAGCUUCAGCCUAUGAAAAUACAGCUUAUUUGUCUUCAGCAGCUGGUUUAGUGCAAGCAAAUAACUUUCGUACUUUAGUUCCGGGAAAUUUGAACACUGGUACUUAUGGUAUGCAAACUGCAAGUCCACCAUCCAUUCCUAGUCUACAAAUGGUUCAAGCUGCCAUUGCUCAUGCUAACGUAGCUGCAGCAUUAUGUUCUGCAAAUGCAUCUUCUAUUAGUGGUGGUACAGUUUGUUCACCUUCUACACUUACCAAUUUAUCACAACAAAACAAUGCACAAGUAUCAUUUUGUAAUACAGGUACAUCAAAUUCUCCUAGUCCUAAUAGUGGAACAGGAUCAUCUCCAGUUGCUGUUUCUGCAUUGUCUCAUAGUACAAAUUCUCAUUUAAGAAAUAAUUAUUUUCCUAAUCAUCAAUCAAAUGCAUCGAAUGUUGCAUCAUUUAUGGCACAAUUACAACAACAACAACAACAGCAAACUCAGACAUUAGCUACAGUUCACUUAAAUCAACAUGGAAAUGUUAAUACACCGAAUUCUCCAUUAGGUUUCGCUAAUGUUGUUUCAGCUACAACUGGUCUACCACCUCAAAUGGCUGCUGCAGCAGCUAUUGGUCUAUUAGGUGGUGGAUAUAAUUCAAUUAUAAAAGAGUUAACAGGAAACGAAGGUCAAUUUCAAUCUGGUCUAGCAACAUAUCAACAAAAUGUUAAUUUUUGAAUCAACAUUCAUUAAUUAUUGAAAUUGUGAAUAAAUGACAAUUGAACUAUUCUUCACUGUUUAUACAAAGAAGAGAUGAAUGAUUCUAAUUAAAAUGAUCCAUAUCAUUAUUAUUAUUAUUAUUAUUACUAUUAUUAUUAAUCAAAUGGUAAUGUAUUCCCUAUUGUAUCGGCUGUGCAAAAACUUAACCCUCUUUAUACAUAUCAAAAAAGAAAAAAACAAACAUUCUUUUUAUGUUUUCAAGUAUAGUUGUUGUUUAUGUUUUUAUUUACAUCAACAUCAACACACAAACACACAUAGACGAAAACACACACAGACACAUACAAACACACACAUACACAGACUUUAUCGUAUAUAAUGUUGCUUUUUUUUUUGUUUUGUUUUUUUGUUUAUCUGAAGUACUUUUAAUUAAUAUUCCAUGAAAGAAUAAUGAAGAAGAUUCUAAUAAAGUAGUAUAACUUCUAUGUGUAUUUUAUAUCAGUACUAUAUAUAUAUUAUUCUUCAUAAGAUACAUUGACAAAAUAGUAGUCAUUGUAAUAUUG